AUGCUGGCGGAGAAGACCUCGUACGACACCGGGAAUCACGGCGGCUCGAACGGGAACGUUUACACGGAAAGUCGAGGGAACGUCGACGUGGAAAUAAUCGGGACGCAGAAGCGUUGCAAACGAUGCACAGAAAUGAAAAUCAAGACAGAAGUUCUCGACGAGAUCGAGAAUUUCUCUAUCAGCGACGAGGAGGACUCCUUCGAGGUCGAGUCGAGAACAGGAAGCGUCUCGUUGUUCCGGACGGAGACCGACGAAUACGUGGACUUCGAAGACUAUAUCGUGGCCCUGGCGAGCGGGAAACGUUUGCUAUGCAGCGUCUGCAGGAUCGAGUUCCCGGACGAGGCUGAAUUCAAAACGCACAUGGUCGGCCACAGCCACGGGAAGCUCUUUCAGUGUGGCUUUUGUAGGAAACAGUUUUCACGAUCGACAGCCCUGAAGGAUCACUUGCAGAUUCACGAGUCCUACAAGGCGUUCGUCUGCAACCACUGCGAUCUACGAUUUCAAGAGAAGGACCAGUUGAAGGUCCAUCGAGCAGAGGCGCAUCCAAUCCGAAGGUCGUUCGAGUGCACGGUGUGCAAGAAGAAGCUGCUCCAUCGUCAGUCGUUGCGCGACCAUAAGCUGAUGCACAGGAACGUGAAGCCGUUCGAGUGCUCGAUCUGCAAGAAGAGGUUCCUGCGCCCGAGCAGCCUGAGGGCCCACAUGGUCGUCCAUACCGCGGACCUGCCCUUCGAGUGCGACCUCUGCCCCGCCAAGUUCAAGCGGUCCUCGGUGCUCAAGACCCACAAGCUGACGCACACCGGCGUGAGAAGGUUCGAGUGCGACAUCUGUAAGCGUCGUUUUCACUUAAAAGGCGCCCUGAAGCAUCACAUACUAUCGCAUUACGGCGUGAGGCCCUACAAGUGCGAGGAUUGUGGGAAGAGUUACAGGAGAUCGUGGGGCCUGAAGGUCCACAGAUACCGUCACACGGGCGUGAAACGGUUCGAGUGCGACUAUUGCAAGUCGCGAUUCAGCGUGAAAACGAAGCUGGCGAAGCACAUUUACGGUCACAUCGGCGAGAAACCGUACAAAUGCGAUUUCUGUGGGCGCCAGUACGGCGAACGGUAUCAACUCAAGGCCCACAAAUGCAUGGCCGUCGUUCGAAGCCUGUCGCGAGCGAAGAUCGAGCGCGCAUUUUCGGACUCGAUCACUCAGAUCGUGUUCUUCCGACCGAAAUCGUCGAGGGGUUUACCAAACUCGAACAACAAUCGAUGAUAGCGCGAUCGGUA